UCACUAUUAUCGCAAGUGAUAUAAAAAACAGAUCUGAUUAUAAGCAUCGCUAACGUUAGGGAUUUAUUCCUUGUAUUAAUUUCUAUCGAUUGUCGUGUACCUAUCUUAUCAAGUAACGCAGUGAAUUAAAGUUAUGAUGAUUAAAUAGAAAGACGCGCUAAAUCUGAAAUAAAAAUCAGCGAUACGCAGUUUUCGCAUCAAAUACAGGACGUUUACUGUACUUGAAGUACGAUAUUGUAAAUGUUUUUUAAUUCGAGAUACGUUCCAGAUUAUCAUCCAACGCAUUAAAUAUAACGCAUCGAAGAAGUUUAGCGCACUACGAUGUCCUUCAGUGACGUGGCACUUCUACUUACAAUUUUAUUUUUUAGGACGUACGAUGUUCACGGACUCAUAAGACCGAAACAUGAUAAGGUCGUUGUUUGCUACGUCGCAUCUUGGGCUGCUUAUAGGCAAGGAAAUGGAGCAUUUUCCCUAGAAAAUCUCCGCUCUGAACAUUGUACUCAUUUAAUUUAUGCAUUUGCUGGUUUAAAUGCUACGGACUGGACGAUAAAAAGUCUCGACCCUUGGGCAGAUAUGGAAAAAGAUGGAAUAGGCAACUACAGAAAAAUGACAACGCUUCGCAAUCAAGGUCUAAAAGUAUCGCUUGGUAUUGGCGGAUGGAACGAAGGCAGCACAAAUUAUUCACUAAUGGCUUCUUCACCGGAUCGUAGGAGGGUUUUCAUCGCUAGUACUGUUGAGUUUCUCAAAAUGUACGGAUUUGACGGAUUGGAUCUUGAUUGGGAAUUCCCUGGAAGUCGAGGAGGUGCUCCGUACGAUAAACAGAAUUUUGUCAGCCUCGUGCAGGAAUUGAAGGAUGCCUUUAGAGAACAUCGCUUUUUAUUAACCGCAGCCAUAAGUGCCACCAGUUCUACUAUCGAUAUAGCAUACGAUAUUCCUCAAAUUUCUAAAUAUCUUGAUUACAUUCACGUGAUGGCCUAUGAUUAUCACGGAGCAUGGAACAAACGGGUUCUUCCAAAUUCACCAUUGCAAAGCAAGGAUAGAUUAGAUGUGGAAUAUACUAUUACAUAUUUAUUACAACAAGGAGCCCCAGCCGAGAAAUUAGUCUUAGGACUAGCGAUGUAUGGAAGAACUUUUGUUCUUACAACUGUACCAGAAACGCCUAAAAUAAAUCCGAUUGGCCUACCCAGUCUAGAUACUGGAUUUAAAGGACCUUAUACGUCUGAAGACGGCUUUAUGGGAUUCAACGAGAUUUGCGAAACAUUGGUAUUGUAUCCGCAAAAUUGGACAACUGGAUGGGAUAAUGAGAGCAACACUGCUUAUGCGAUUAAUAAAGAUCGUGUUGUAGUUUACGAUAAUCGCAAAGCCAUGAUGGCCAAGGUAUUUUUUCUACAGUUUUAA